AUGACCAAGGAACAGUUUCUGGACCUUGGGUGCCCCAAUUGCAGAGACAGCCUUGGAAUGCAGGAGAAUGAAGCACGCGUGUUGGCCUGCACGACGGCUAACUUUACGGGCUUCUUCUCCUUGGUGAGACCUGGAUCCUUUGCGUCCCGCUUCACUGGCUUGGAGCGGAGCACGCCAGGCUGUUAUGCGCUGACGGCGCAUGGCCGGAUACCGAGAGCUUGA